UGACGUCGACUUUAAGCGCCGGAAAUGUUGACCCCAAGAAAUGCCAAAUGCUGAUGUGUUACAAGAAAUUACAGCGCAGAGAGACUUUUUGAGUUUGUUUUUUUGAAUGCAGUAACUUAAUAAAACGGAGAAAGACAGCGUCGGGUUUACAGGUCGAUGUCAAAGACGACGCAGAGAAAGAGAUCAACAGAGAGCCGAUGGCGCCCAAAGGUAAGGUCGGCACGAAGGGAAAGAAGCAGAUCUACGAGGAGAAUGAGGCAACGCUGAAGUUUUACACACGAGUCAUCCUCGGAGCUAACGCUAUUUAUGCUGCUGUAAAUCUUUUGGUUUUCUACAGUUCAUCUACAUUUUGGACAUGGCUGUGGCUCAUGUUCGCACUAGCGGUGUAUGUCGGGAGUUACCGCUCCAUGUCAGCCAUGGCCAAGCCCGUGUUUGCUGAGGAUGGAAGUCUCCUGGACGGAGGAAUAGACUUGAACAUGGAGCAGGGAAUGGCAGAGCACCUGAAGGACGUCAUCCUGCUCACAGCCAUAGUUCAAGUUCUCAGCGUAAUCUCGUCUUAUUUUUGGUAUCUUUGGCUGCUGGCUCCGGCGCGUGCCAUGCACCUGCUGUGGGUGAACUUCCUGGGCCCCUGGUUUAUGGCAGAAAGCCCGUCGGCACCUGAGGAAGUGAAUGAGAAGAAGCAGAGAAGACAAGAGCGCAGACAGAUGAAGAGAUUCUGAUGCUGCAGAGCAGACAGAGCAGUAUUUUUAUACAUGGAAUCUGAUAUACAGAUAGCGAGUAUCUCAUAAGUUAUUCAGGAAGAAAUUCCGUUAUUAGGUUAAAGUCAAUUUAAACCUGAUACUGUGGAAUAUUGUUUUCCAUGUUUGUUUUCUUUUCCGCUUUUCUCCUAAAAUUUAAUUUUCUUCCAAAAUUAUAAAAUGAACCGUUCCCUAUUAAGUUAAUGUCACGGCCCAAAUAUCAUUUAUGCUCAUGCAGAGUUUUAAGAGUUUUUUUUGUUGAACAAACUUGUCAUCCCCCCCCGAAGAUUUCCAUCAAAUAUAACCCCCAACGAUCCAGUGCCGCAGUGUUGACAGAGAGUCAAACCGUCGCCAGCUGGAAAAGUCUGUCAGUGCAGCUUUCAUCGUGGCAUGUCUUUUUUAUUUGUAUUUAAUUUAAUUUUUCAAUUAUUGUUUGAUCCAACAGAUUCUUCAGUGAGCCCUCACAACAGAGCCACAAGAUUGUUUGUAAGCUGUUAAGUCUUAUAAAUACAAGUUUUAAGAAUAAAAGGAACAUUUUUGCAAUAACAUAA